AAUGCAGCGGCGCUGUGUGAAGUGCGUAUUUAUGGAAGAUUGUAUGAUGUUUUAACUGCGAUUUGUUGAGCAAAGCUCUUCGGUCCGGCAGUUAUAUGUUGCUGUGUUUGUGGUGACGUCAAACGUCGAAAUGAAAGACGUGAAUAAAAUUUUGAGCCAUUUUUCUCAGGAGGCUCACGAAUUGUAUUUGAACCUAUCUUUACCCUACCUGGAGGAGUCUCCUCACCCACUGCAAUUCUACCGUGACUGGAUUGGUCCAAACAAGCCCUGCAUCAUCCGCAAUGCCUUCAACCAUUGGCCGGCUCUGUCCAGGUGGACGCCAGCAUACCUGAGAGAAAAGAUGGGGUCAAAGGUCAUCAGUGUAGCAGUGACCCCCAAUGGCUAUGCUGAUGCUGUGAAUGGGGAUCGGUUUGUGAUGCCGGAGGAGCGUCAGAUGAGCUUUUCUUCAGUGCUGGAUGUGAUUGAGGGGAAGGUGGAGAAGCGUGGAGUGUUUUACAUUCAGAAGCAGUGCUCCAACCUGCUGGACAACCUGCCAGAGCUGAUGGAUGAUGUGGAGCCACAUGUGGCCUGGAUGAGUGCUGCACUUGGUUUGAUGCCAGAUGCAGUAAAUUUCUGGAUGGGAGAGUCGAGUGCCGUCACCUCCAUGCACAAAGAUCACUAUGAGAAUCUGUACUGCGUUAUUUCUGGAGAGAAGACAUUCAUUCUGUUACCGCCCACAGACCGACCCUUCAUCCCAUACGGUCUCUAUCAGCCGGCUGUCUACAAACAGCAGGACAACAGCGACUUUGAGAUCAUUGAUCAGAGGGACUCUGAGAAGGUACCAUGGAUCCCUUUGGACCCUCUCAAACCAGACUUUGAGCGGUAUCCGUUGUACCGGAAAGCCCGGCCACUGCGAUGCACUGUGAAAGCUGGAGAGAUGCUGUACCUGCCGUCACUCUGGUUCCAUCAUGUCCAGCAGUCCCACGGUUGCAUUGCAGUGAAUUUCUGGUACGACAUGGAGUAUGACAUCAAGUAUAACUACUUCCAGCUGCUGGAGGCGCUGUCCGGAUUUGCAGAAGCCACGUGACAUCACAAGAACUGUUGCAUCAACGCACCAGUGAAUGUUUAAUUACAAGGUUGCUUAAAGCCAGUCAGGCUCCAGUCUGA